AUGUAAUAAUUAUUUGAUUUAAAGAUUACUAAAUUAGUCACUUUACAAGUUCCUGAAAAAAUUUAUAAGAAACGUAAACAUUUUAAUUAAAAUCGAAUAUCUCUUUGGACUAGUUUUCACGAUAUUUGGACUCCAAGUGGAAAAUAAUUUAAUUUUUAACCAUUCAAAAUCAAAGAAUAACAAUUGAAUUAAAUUUAAACACGUCGAAAAAGUUAAUAACUUUCAAAUUAAAUAUCUCGAAUCUAAUAGAGUAUUGAUUACAAAUAAAAAAUAUUGGAAGACAUAUUCAUGCCCAAAAAAGUGAAACCUUCUUCACAUAAUGUGUAAAUUAAGGAUCCACCACAACAACGAAGGAGUCUAUCUAUUCUCUAUUCAAAAAGACCUGAAUCUCAUAUUUAAACAUAAAGAACUUAAUCAGCUACACCAAUAAUGAGAAGAUCUAAAAAACAUUAAAAAGCUAUUGAAAUCAAAGAUACAAUAGGAUUACAAAUAGAAAAAUGUUUAUUGUAUGAUAGAUAUUAAAAGGAGAAAAUAAAGCUCGAUUAUACAAAUGUAUCAUUUAGAAGAUAAAAAUAAAAUAUUGAAUCACAUAGUUUUAAUAAUAAUAAAGUUUAGUACAAACAUUCCAUUACUUUAGCUAAAUGGGAUUAAAGUGAAAAAUCAUAUGAAUAAUUUUGA